GCUAUAGCAGAACAUGUCGCGUUGCUUCCCCGAUAUGACCGCCCAGCGAUCGAUAUGCUCCGCUCCGUCUCAUGAGCACACUUUGCCACUUUUUCGCCGUACUCCGUGCGAAGGCAGGGCGCGCGCGCGAGCUCGCCAUGGCGGUGAGGCGCCCUCGUCCGCGGAUGACGUAUCCCGCGAGAAGGCGUCACCUCCAGACAUGCGGUCAGUUACGUGGCAACCCACGCGAAGUGCGCUGUCACCGCCCGCACACAUCAUGCAUCUCUUCCCUCCCACACAUACCUACACGCACACCCUCUUGUUCUGUUGAGAAGCCUGACGCGGGCGUGCGUGGAGGGCCUAGCUUGCUUCACUUUUUCGGCUGCACAGCGCGCGCGUGACUCGAGGGUCGAGUCUGCGGGUAGGGCUGCGAGUCACCUCCGCCAUGCGCGCGCGGAGUGCGUUCUUGGGUGAGACGCCUGCUGCUGGGCGGGUGGAGGGAAG